AUGUGGUUUCCGCAGUUGAGUCGGCAAGAAUUGCUGGCCUCGCAGUCUAUGACAACGAUGAUUGCAAUCGCCGCGUUUCUGUGCCUCAGCGCAACCCUCUCCUCUGCAGCGGUCGUCAACCGUGCGUCUGAAACAGCGACGGUUGCCCUUCCACGGGCUACGAUCCUGGGCAAUAUCAAGGAAAACGUCGAAAGCUUCAGCGGUAUCCCUUAUGCAGAGCCGCCGGUCGGCUCUCUCCGAUUGAAACCUCCCCAACGCCUGAACCGAUCGCUGGGUGUCUUCGACGGUAUCGGACCAGCUGGAGCCUGUCCCCAAUUCGUGUCUUCGCCGGAGAGCACAAACUUCCUAGAGAAGAUCCUUGGCACUGUCGCCAAUAUUCCGUUUGUUCAUAACGUAUCGGGACAGUCUGAGGACUGCCUUACGAUCACGGUCGCUCGCCCGGUUGGGGUAAAGGAUGGUGCGAAGCUACCUGUGGUUUACUGGAUAUUUGGUGGGGCUUUUGAGCUCGGAUGGUCUUCCAUGUACGAUGGGACAGGGCUCGUGAAUUUCGGGGUUGAAAUUGGCAAGCCAUUCAUCUUUGUCGCCAUCAACUACCGCGUCGGUGGAUUCGGCUUUCUGGCUGGAAAAGAAAUUCUUGCAGACGGCGCCGCAAACCUGGGAUUGCUCGAUCAACGCAUGGGCCUGGAGUGGGUAGCCGACAAUAUCGCAUACUUUGGCGGAGACCCAGACAAGGUGACAAUCGCCGGUGAAUCAGCAGGAGCCAUUUCAGUACUCGAUCACAUGGUACUUUAUGGUGGAGACCACUUGUACAAGGGCAAGCCCUUGUUUCACGGUGGGAUCAUGAGCUCCGGAAGUAUUAUCCCUGCUGAACCGAUUGAUAGCGAGCGAGCCCAGGCAGUCUAUGACAAGGUUGUUCGUGCUGGUGGAUGUGCCGGCAAGGCUGAUACAUUAGGCUGUCUCAGAGCAUUGGAUUAUACAGAUUUUGUCAACGCUGUUAGUGCGCCUCCUGGUCUUCUUUCCUACGAAGGUCUUGCCCUUUCCUACCUUCCGCGCCCGGAUGGCCACGUCCUUCCUGACAGUCCCGACGUGCUCGUUCGGGAAGGCAAGUAUGCAGCAGUGCCGUUUAUUGUCGGAGAUCAAGAAGAUGAGGGAACGCUUUUCAGUCUCUUCCAGUCCAACCUCACCUCGAAAGAUGCACUCGUUGAAUAUCUACAUAACGUUGUCUUUAAAAGUGCUAGUGAAGACCAGCUCAGCGAACUAGUUAACACCUACAACAGUGGUCUGGCUGCUCUUGUGGAGGGCAGUCCAUUCCGCACAGGUUUGCUCAAUGACAUCUUUCCUGGAUUCAAGCGCCGCGCCGCUCUACUCGGAGACGUUCUUUUUACUCUGACCCGACGUGCAUUCCUAGAGCUUGCACACGACGCAAAUCCCAAUGUCCCAUCAUGGUCGUACCUGGCAACCUACGACUAUGGUACGCCAGUGAUGGGUACAUUCCACGGCUCCGACCUUCUGCAGGUCUUCUAUGGAAUUUUCGAUAACUACGCAGCAAAGACUACGCGCACGUACUUUAUCAACUUUGUUCACUCCCUUGAUCCCAACGGCGAUCAGACCAGUGCACUUCCGGCUUGGCCGCAAUGGGCUAAGGGACGGGAGCUCAUCAACUUCGCCAAGGACAAGUCGACAAUCUUGGUGGACAAUUUCAGAAGUGACAGCUUUGAGGUAAUCAAGAAGCUGGGGGGCGUGCUACGACUGUGA